GCCGGUCUAUGUGAAUCUUAGUCUCGGCAGAGCUUCUGCACUAGUCAGAUCAGCCCGCCGGGACUUCGAAUAACGGCCAGAGUCCCGGACCCCAUUUCAGAGAUUCUGUUUUGCAUAGUCACUCAUGCAGCAGAUCUCUUCAAGACACAGAACUCGGGCCAGUGAGCGAGCAUGGGAGAGAAUAAUUGAAUGGGGAAUCCUAGAGGGGGUGCAUUGUGGGGGAGAUCCUCUCGUCUUCAGCAUCUCGCGAUGCCUCCGAAUAUCUCAGCGUGCCAAAUCGCCUUUACUGGACGAACAGGAGAGCCUCGACAGCAGACGCAUUGGAAGGCGUUUUUCUUGGGGUUUUAAAAGUGGUUGAAUCCCCGCAGGAAGAUCAUGGCAGGGCCAGUCUCGUUUUGUGCCUGUUUGCUCCCUGUUUCAAGAGCGACAGGGAGAGGCACAGUUUCUGGUUCGCUGCUUUUUUCGGAUUGUGUCUGCUUGAAUGAAUGGAAUGCCUUGCAACCCGCUGGAACCAGACAAAGGUGCAGCCUGUGGGACCCCUCUUCUUGCAGCUCGUGGCGUGUGUCUUCCUCGCCGGCUUCCUUCUACUCUUCCACUCCCGAAGGCUCCUCGCCGCACCGUUCUUCUGCUUCUUUCUAUCUUUCUUCGAAGUUCACCAGUCAGUCUCCACAUCCUACAUCGACUCGCGCUUUGUCUGGUUCUUCCCUCCGCCCUUCGACAACCACGGGGCUCGUGCGGAGAGUGAAACAGUGCCUGUCGCUGGAGUCUAGAGUGACGUUUGCUCCUUUUCCGUCCUCUCGCGCUUCUUCGUCUGCUUCCUCUCACGUAUCAGCAGACCGGCCAACUUCCUCUCCUUUGUCUCUUUGUGUCCUGCCUCGUUCGAGGUCCCGCCCGUCUUCUUGUGUCUCUCGCUCUUCUCACUGGAAUCCCGCCGACGCCUGCCUUCCUCUGGAGAAGCGGAACUGUGAGGAUGGCCAUCCUUCUUGUUCUCGUCCACACUCUCCCACGGAUUCUCUCUCUUCCUCUGGACUCGCCUACACUUGGCACUCUCUUCCUGGGAUUUUCCUCUCCGCUGGCCUGUCGCUGCCGUCCCCGCCUCCAGGCAGGCGCUCUUGUCGGCGUUUCUUCUCUGUCUCUUCCUUCUCUUGGGUUGCGUGUGCUUCACACCCCUCUUUUCUGUCACCUCUGCCUUCCCGUGCACUCCGUGCCUCUUCUUUUCAUUCGUCUUCUCCGUUGGAUAGCCGAAACUUCUUCGAAGACAGCGGGAGCAGCAGCGGGGAGGAAGACGCGUCCAGCUCUCCGCCAUUCGCGGGAUUCGCUCCAGAGGCGGCGCGAAACAGGAGAUACGAAGAGACGCUGUGUCGCCCAUCGGGGAGUCCGCGUUCCGCGUUCGACUUCAAAGUCGGUGAGGGAGAAUGUUAUCGCUCAGAGAGGACGGAGGCAGAAAACCGCAACAGAGGCAGAAGGAGCAGAGCGCUACGCGAUGCCGCCGCGAGGCGCAUGCUGGAGAAGGAAGACCGCGCACUCAGUGUGGGAUGGCGACGGGAGCGAGCUGGGUCCACAGACAGGAAAGGCGACGCAGAAGACGGACAUGUGACUCCGCUCAUAAGCGCCUUCGCUGCAGUAAGGCAGGCGCGGCAAAAAAGGGGAAGAGAACGAAAUGACUGCGUCCUCAGUCGAUGCCGAGAUGUUUCUUCUUCACUUUCCUACGGGAAAACAAGCCUCGAAGCGUUGAAGAAGCCCCCCCAUUUAGGGUCGGGAGUAUCCGCAGGUCAUUCCCAAGGCCUCUCAUCUGGCUUGCGAGGCACCACAACGAGUUCGUUUCCAGGCAAUGGGCUUCUACAGGAAGCUGAGCACGCGGCUAACUCUCCCCAUAUAUCUCCUGUAUCUUCGGUGUCAUGCACCCCUCCCGUUUCCGCGGCCGGUUCUCCGUCGCUCCCAGCUUCUUUUGGCGCCCCUUCAUUGUCUGCGUGCUCCAGCUUGGAGUCCCGGUUUGGCGUGGCGGUGUCGCCGUCUGUCUUCGAGGCAUUGAACCGUGAUAUGCAGCGGCUCGAGUCGCUCAUGAUGCCGGGAACGGAGGACCAGGCAGGGAUGCGCCGCUUUCUAUCUCAGCUACAAGAUUUGCUGAACAGCGUGUUGGAUGCAUGCAUCGUGACGCCCUUUGGAUCCGCAGUCAAUGGCCUGUGGACUCCACAGAGCGACUUGGAUGUGUGUGUGCAAGUGCGCGACGCCUCGACGCGCGCCAACCAGAUAAAGGUCCUGAGACAAGUUGCACAUGCCUUGCAUCCCGUCCAUACGCACCUGGUCGAGCCCCGUUUUCAAGCUCGCGUUCCGAUCAUUCACUGGGCGCCUCGAUUUUCACACUCAACGAGCGGUAGCGUGGCGCUUUCGGGGCGGUUUCUACGCGACCCGGUGGCCCGCGCACUGUAUGAAAGGCCGGGAAACGAGCGGCUGCGGGAACGGGGAGACAACGAAUCAGCGAGACGGACGACAGCGGGCAGAAAUUUGUCUGAGGAGGGUAUGGAGGAAAGGAACACUCAGAUGGUCUCCUGCGAUAUAAGUGUGAACAAUCUGCUAGCUGUGGUCAACAGCAAACUUCUUGGCGCAUAUGUCGGGGUUGACCCGCGACUGCGAACUCUCGGGUACGCAGUUAAGUUCUGGGCCAAAGGACGAAACAUAAAUGAUCGGUCGCGCGGCACCGUUUCGUCGUUCUCUCUCGUACUCAUGCUCAUUCAUUUCCUUCAAAAUCAUGUCCAGCCGCGGAUUCUGCCGUCGCUCCAAGACAUGGCAAUCCACCAGCGCCUGCCGCCAGUGUACAUUGGGGGCGUCGACUGUAGAUACACUGCGGAUCCUGAAGCGGUUCAAAAAGAGCUGGAGUUUCUCCGUGGGGGUGCACCUGCGAACACAGAGAGCCCUGGAGAGCUUCUGCUCCAGUUUUUUCGGUAUUUUGGGUACGAAUAUAGAGGGGGUAUCAUUGCUAUACGCGACAUCUCUCACUUCUGUCUGUCUUCGGGUGCGACUUCGUUGGACAGGAGGGUCGGAUCCGUAGAUUGCGGAGGGGGGUUUCUGUUCCGCGAUAGACGGCCAAAGCAAGGUGCAUCACGACGAGGGUCGCCAACCCAGAAGCUGCCGGCCUGGGGUCUAAACUGUGACUAUAGCGACGAUGCGAAUCACGCUUCUUCAUUUGCCUCGGAGUUCGCGGGAAGCGACACUCGUGAGGAAAGGGCGGGAGACGGAGAAGAUGACUUGCUCGAUUCUCUGUCAGUCUCGAUUAGGGAAGCAGAGCUAAACAGCAGUGGGGGAGAUUUUCUUGUCGUGGAUAAUCCUUUCGAAGUCGGCAAAGAUGUGUGCAAUGUCCUGCCUUGCCAGUAUCAGCGAAUCCGCCACGAAUUCAAACGUGCUUUCCGUUUGCUCGCGGAUGGUGCCUCAUUUCGGCAGGUUGCGUCUCCCGAUGGAAAGAAGGUCUUUUGGUGAUGGUAGCAG